AUGGUUCCACUCGGGAUCGCCGCCAUCAUGGCGUCGGACGAACAAUUUUCACUAUGCUGGAACAAUUUCCACGCAAAUAUGUCAGCAGGCUUUCACGGCCUGCUGUCGCGUGGAGAUCUCGUAGAUGUUACAUUGGCUGCCGAAGGCAGGUUACUGCAGGCACACAAAUUAGUUUUAUCAGUAUGUUCUCCUUAUUUUCAAGAGAUGUUCAAAAUGAACCCAACUCAACAUCCCAUAGUAUUUUUAAAAGAUGUUAGUCAUUCAGCGUUAAGAGACUUAUUACAGUUUAUGUACCAAGGUGAAGUUAAUGUUAAGCAAGAAGAAUUAGCCUCUUUUAUUAGUACCGCGGAACAGCUUCAGGUUAAAGGUCUGACCGGAAAUCAGAAUGAAGAAAGUUCCACGCCAUCCAAACCAAAGCCGACCUCCAGGCCAGGCCCGAGGUCGUCACAACAAAGGCAAUCUGUUAUGACUAAGUUAGAGACUGAUUUAGAUUCUAAGCCCUCCACCACUCCAGUAGCGGUUAAGCGACCAAAUAGGCCAUCAAUAGCAUCAAAUAAUUCGUCAUCUUCACAAAGUGGACCUGCGAAAAGAAAAUGCGUGGACCCAUUAGAAGCCGGACCAUCUGGAUCUGCGAAAGAGGAAUUUGUGACGAUACCGGAUGAAGAUGAAAAUAACGCUGUGGCACCGAAAAUGGAACCUGAAUUUGUUAACGAAAGCAUGUGGGACGACGAUGACGAUGGCGCGAACAAUGAGGAAACAAACUUUGGCGAAGACGACUCUAAUAUGGAAAUGACUGCUUUUGAUGGCUCUACGACAGGCGAUGGCAACAUAACUGGAGGUGGUGAAGGUGGAGCUGUAGGUGAUGCACAAGGAACUGGCGAGGCACAGGUAUGUUACACUGUGACGCGCCGAGGGGCACCUUCCCUACUGGUCGACGGCUUCGGAUUUGUAGCACGCAAACGUCGUGGUCCUCGCGUCUACUGGACCUGCCGGAGCCGCGCGCAAGGUUGCCCCGCCAGGGCUCUCACCACGGACGGCAGGCUCGUAGCACGGGCAGGCAGCCACACGCACGAGCGUCAUGCGCCUGCCAUCGACGAACAUGCACGCAUCGAAAGUCUCAUCGAAACUAUUGCAGCAAAUAAUUAA